AUGAAUGCCAUAUCAACAUUCUCUACAUUUAUUGCAAAUGAAGCGGACGUAGCCAAGAUAGCACAUACCUUUGUCGGUUGCAUGGCUCGUCCCUUUCUCAAACUAAUUACACUUCGACGAGCACCAACAAGCAACGACCCCUCUCUACAUUACAUCCCUGUCACUUCAUCAGAAAACCCUAUUAACCCAUCAUUCGUGCUACACCGUUCACUCCAUCUUAAAAAAAUCAUGCACUAA